GUCAUAGGUAAAUAAAGGCGCUUAACAUGGAAGAAGCAAGGUAGCGUUUUCUUUCAAAUUAAACAGGCGGCGUGAAGGGCUCAUUAGUCGCUACUCAAAAAGCAAAUUCACAAUUUAAUUUGCAUGUCGUACAGUGCACCUGCCGUGCCAGUGCUUUCGGAAAUCGCUGCUUGAGUGAUGUCUCGACUCGUCAAGAAAGCUCCAUCUCUUUGCACAGAUCUACCACUGGACAACACCGACAUUUGUAACAAGCUUCGUUUACUUUGGCAGCUAUUGAGAUCUUGCUUUGGUCCCACAGGCAGACUAAAACAAGUUCACAACAACAUCGGAGGUCAUGUUGUAACAACCUCCACCUCCUCAGUCCUCCUGCCAGCCAUCACCUCCUCACAGCCUUUCAUCAACCUGAUAAAAACCUCCAUUCUGAACCACGUUUCUCGUUUCAGUGACUGCGGCUUGUUUGCUGCCAUCCUCUGUUUGUCGCUCAUUGAGCAAGCAAAGCAGUCUGGCCUCAGAGGAAAUGUGACUAUUGGAGUGAACAAACACCUGCUGGGUCUGUGCACCAGUUACCUACAACAAGAAGACUGUGGUUGUAAAGUGAAGCUUGACUUCUGCAGCAGCCACAACUUGAUCAGAUUGGCUCACAGUAUUAUCUCCAGCAAACCAGCAUGUGUGCUAACAGAGCCGGAGGCACUUCACAUCAGCAGGUUGGCUGUGCAAGCUUUUUUGCUGACUGUCCCCUGUAACAGCCCAGGUAUAGUCAAACUUGGCAAUAUAGUGACUGUGUGUGUUGAAGGCCACCCUGUGCUAAACUCUGCAGUGUUUCCAGGUUUACUGGUGGACAUGCCUGAUAUCUUUUGUCUUAAUAAGAUAGAGAACCUGCAUUCAAAUCCCCUGCGCACAGUGCUGUUCAGUGCAUCUCUUGCUGGAGACCUUCCUGAACUUGGAGACGGGAUAAUUGAGGUGCACCCAGGUGUAGACACAGACGCACAGAUCCUGGAUCAACUCCUCGAGCUCGGCAAACAGGUGGUUAAAGAUGAGGUGAAGCUCUUUGUAUGCCAGAAGGUCAUACAUCCAGUCCUUCAGCAGUACCUGAGGAGUCAUGGUAUUAUAGUGAUAGAGAGACUGGGGAUCACUCUUAUGGAGCCACUUACUCAGUUGACAGGUGCUCAGCCUGUGGCCACAUUACAGAGCACAAUCCCAGCCAAGGCCUAUGGGAAGGUGAUGGAUCUCAGUAUUAGGCAGUUUGGAUCCAAGACAAUGCUGCAUUUACAUCCUCCUGGAGAGUCAGCGAUCUGCACGAUGAUCCUCUGUCACAGGAACGAGACAAUGUUAAGUGAGCUGAAGGUUGUGUGCCAGAAGAUAGAGCAUGUGUUGAGGCUCACCCUGAGAGAACCAGCUGCCUUACUUGGGGGCGGGUGUACAGAGACCCACUUGGCUGCUUACAUCAGACACAAGAGCGUGAAUGAAGUCACAGAGACUGUACAGGCAUUAAGGUGCUCACAGACGGAAUACCUUCUUGCAGUGGAAGGAUUCUGCCGCUCUCUGGAGUCUGUGGUAACAGCGCUGGAGCAUGACGGUGGGAAUUCUUUAAUCGACCUGACUCAUGCUCACCACUGGACUCGUCCUGCAGAUGUCAUGGAAGAACACAUGGAGGAAAGCUUGGGUUUAUGUGGCUGUGGACUGGUGCAAGCUAGCCCAGAUAAGAAGUGGACUUACCUAAACACUAAAUAUCCACAGUUCUCACCUGCACCACUGACUAGAGACACUACUGUGGAGCCAAGUGUGCUUGACUCCUUCACAGCUAAAGUUAAUGGAUUGCAAGUGGCUGUAGAAACUGCUAAUCUAGCACUGGAUGUGCGGUAUGUUAUUCAGGAUAUGAACUAGCAGAAUAGACAUUUUAUCUAGUGUGGAACUCUGAUGAUAAAACAUGGAAUGAAUGCUGUUUUUGUUACUCAGAUGUAAUAUUCAAUUCAGACACUAGAUGUUAGCGUUGCCCUGAGUGAGUCUGUGGGAACGUCUUGUGAUUUACCUUUUUGGUAGUCAUUGAUAUACUGUGCUACACAUGAAUAAUAUUACAAACAAAUACUGAUCACUACAGUGAUUGCUAUUAUUAAUCUGUUCUGUUUUGUGAACUUUCCAGCCAAUCAUGCAGAAUUUAAAAGCUUAAUUUAAAAGCCUUUUUUAAAUUAUCACAACAAGUGAAUCAAAAGAAUUCAGCUCGUGGGGAACAAGUUAUCAUGCGCUGCUGAGAUAAAUUGAUUAGUUGUCAAAUACUGAAUUAAUUUUAAUCUAUUUUUAUAAUCAAAUAAUUGUUUUGAGUCUAAAAUGUGUAUAUUUUCUGGUUCCUCCAGACUGAAUAUCUUUGGGUUGUUGACAAAACAUGACAUUCAUUUUUAGGCAUUUCAUACACCAAGAAACUGAUCAGUUUUGAGAAAGCGAUUAACAAAUUGAUUAACAGAUUAAUCGAUAAUCUUUAGUUGCAGACCUAAUGUUAUUAGACAAUCCUACAUUAUUCUGCUGUAUUUGCCGUUGGUGAGGACUACAGUAGUAGGUGCUGUAAGACAAGGUAGGCGGCAUCAAAAAUUGUCAGGGAUUCAUUUCCCACUGCUUAUUUUUCACUACAUUACCAUACAUCCAAAAUGAUACCAGUCUGAACCUGCUGGCUGGUAUGAAAAACACUUGCCACCUACCAUGUGGGUAGAUACAAAGAUUACCCCCAGGCAGUUAAAUGCUCCACUACAAUGCCUUACUGUAUUUUGUUUGAUGACAUGUUGGAGACAAUCUGAAUUAAAUUCCAGUCCAUGUAAUUAGAUGUGUCACUUGUUAGAAUUUAUUGUGCAGAUUGUACAUUUAGUUUUUGCAUUAAAAAAAAAACAAAAACAACACAAAAUGUCUUGUCUUGUCACAAAAUGUGCCUUUUUUUCCCCCCAGAAUUUCUCACAUAGCAGUUUGUAUAAAAGAGUUCAAUUCAUGUUGAGUAAAAUGAGUGUAGUUUCUGUUUAAAAAUACAAUAAUCAGGGGUGUCGAUCAGUUGGUAGAGCAUCCGCCCCAUGUACGAAGGCUGAGCAGUGGCCUAGGGUUCGAAUCCGACC